AUCCGACUAUAAAUACCGGCCUAAGAGAGGCAGAUAGGUAGAGAGAAAGAUUUCUGCUGGUUCAGGGGAAUGUUGUCAACGUGUGACUUUUUGAUUUUAUCGUUUAGGUUACUUUAUUAGUUUCUGUAUUUCAUAUGAUGACAGAACACUAUCGAAGAUUGGUUAAUUUGGUGAAAGGCCAAGUGGAAAAGUAUUGGAUGUUUCACAAUGUAAAGGGACUUACCAAAAAUGUUUCGGAGAUACCACACAGCAAAUUUUUUAAUGAACAAAACAGUAUCGUAGAGAAAUAUAAUUUUUUUACGAAGAAGCUUAACCAGACCAGUAUCAUACAAAAUUUAAGUGUGAAAUCAUUAGAACCAAGCACACCAUUGCCAAAAAUAAUUGAUAAGUGGUGGAGGUGGUAUCAUCAGUUGACAGGAUUGGAUGCUGUUGAAACAGCUAAACAGCAAGUAAUCAUUCUUCAAGAUAAAUUGUUUGAAUGUCAAGAUAACAGAAGGACUUUAAAUAAAAAAAUGACAGAUAAUACAUUUAAAUUGCAAGAAGUUUAUAGUGAAUUAAUACAGACUAAACGGGAUGAUCCCAAGUAUGUGCGUUUAACUAUGGUAGAAAAUAAAAAUUUACAAGAACAAAAUAAAAUCAUUAAUAUGCUCGAAUUAUUGGAAAAAGAAGAAAAAGAUAAAUUUACACAAUUAGCUACAGCUAUUAAAGAAUAUCAUGAUAGCCAAAAUAUGAAUGCACAAAAAUACAAAUAUUUGUCUAUUAUCGCAUCAGUGGUAGCAGCAGUAGUAUCAUUAAUUGGUUCAAUAAUACUUAACAACCGGAAGAUAUUGGAUAUUAAAAAUGCUAUAUAUGAAGCACAAGAAAAAAAUGAAUCCUUAAUUCAUACAAACAGAGAUCAACUAAGCGAUCUCCAAAGAAGUUUCCAUUCAUUUGAAACAAAAUUUUUACAAAAUACUAUAAAUACAAAUAUAGAAAAAGAGAUAAAUAAUGAAAACGAUAAUACAUCUAAUAUUUGGACCAAUGCUAAGUACAUAGCAUACACAUUAAUUGGAGGAAUUCCAAGAGGGGUUUAUGCGUGUGGAUCAUAUAUCACAAGCAUUUUUACGCAUUAAGGAAUAUAUAUAUCUUUCUUCAUACACGUUAUUAAAAAUUUAUGAUUUUGCGAAAUACAAUUAACUUUACAUAAGUUUUAAUUUCUUUUGUUUAAUGGAUACUCAUGCAAAAUUUGUUAUUAAAUACUAUAUAUAUAUCUUAGCAUAAAUAACUAUUAUGAAUUGUUAUUAAGUAUGCUUGUAUUUAUAAUUAUUUUAAAUUUAUAGAAUUAUAAUAUUGCAAAAUAAUCACAUGUUGGAUAAAAUGCAAA